GAUACAAGCUUGAGGAAGCGCUGGCUGGUGGUGGCAAGAUGGGACCCAAGGAUGCUUCUGAAGGAGCUGGAAGCAGAUCUGACUCUAGCAUGGAAAGCUUGGAACACUGUUUGGACGACAUUAAUAACAUUCAGCCUAUGAAGCGCACAGAUAGAAUUCGCAUCUCAGCCUUGCAGAGGAGCCUAAGAGAGCUCAAUGACAUGGCCAAAAAGAAGGAACUUGUGGACCAAGAAGCCAGAGACAAGCUGCGUAGCUGUCGGCUGCGGAUCAAGGUGCUAGCAAAGCAGCUGGAGUAUGUAGACAUGGAAACAGAGAAAGAGGAGGAGGCUGGCAAUGUCGCAGCCUUGUCCCGCCUUCAGGCAAUGCACAGACGACUGCGUGCUGAGCUGCAGCAAGAGCAGGAUUUGGAGUUGAAAAUUGCUUUGACACUAAAAGAAAACACGCUUGAGAUGUGGCAGAUAGAAACCGCACAGGGAAAAUACGAAGUCUUCCAUGAACAAUUUAAAAAAGUUGAGGAGGAGCUAGAGAUGCAAUACCAAGAACGAGCAAAGUUGCGGAUUUGGAAGGAAAAGAUAGCAGCGCUGCGAGCAGAAAAAAACCAGCGGUCUAGAGAAAAAUGUGAAGAAAGGCAGAAAAAAGUGCGUGAAGAUGCCAAAAGGAACCAUGAAAAAGCCGUCUGCUUCCUGAGGAAAAGCAUGGCCAGAAUUCAUGAAAAAAAUGCAAUGGAGGAAGCAAAAACUCAGGAGCAUAUGGAGAGAAGGAUCCAAGCUGUGCUUUCCCUGAAAACCAGCAUCGCUUCCAAUCGGGAAAAACUCCAAACUCUCCAGGUUCAGAACAAAGCAAUGGCCUUUGAGGCCAAGAAGCAGGAGAUGAAGAUGAGGGAAGCCAUCUUGGCAGAAGGAGGCAAUGUUGACAAGGAAAUUAUUCUCCGUAAACGACUGCUAGAGCAUGAGAAAGAGAAACAAGCUUUUAAAGAACGGCAAAAAACAAGAAAAAUCGAGAUUGUAUCUAAAAUUUUGCAAGAAAGAGCUUCUAUUCACAAGCAGAAAACAAGUCAGUCGUGUACUGAGGCAAUUAAGGGUGUUGGUAAACAUAAGGAUUCUUCACUGUGGAGAAUGAAGACAUGGCAAUAUAUUGAGAAGACCUGCAAACAGUCAGCAGGAGCAAUACCCCAGAAGCCAUGGUGCUCUCCGUCACCUUCUUCUGGUGAGAGAUCUGCUUCUGUAGGAGAGAUUGCAGGAAAAAUACCCCAUGAAGUGCUCUCUGAAAGUGGUGAAGAUGUGGAAGAGGGGGACAAGACCCUGGUAGAACCAGAGUUCCCGGGGCUUUGGAGUCGGGAAUGGGACUUGCACAAGAUAUCCAAAGAAGAAAUGGAUCCAAAGCAGCUGGCUACGAGGGCAGUGAGAAAAGAAAUGUUUGAGAAAAAAAUGGAGGAACUCCAAAGUGGGAUUUUUCACAAGCGAACAGCAUCUGGUCGUGAACAUAAGGGAUGCAGUUUCUAUAGUAAACCAAGUUGCAUUCACUUCAAGGAUUUUGAUGUUGGUCAAAUCUACAAAAAGAAGAUAGUUUUGAUAAAUGCAUCCUACAGUGCUAACUUCUGCAGACUGCUGGGAAUCAGUGAAUGGCUCAAGGACUUCAUCAGUGUUCAUUUUGACCCACCUGGCAAAAUGCCUUCUGGAAUGUCCUGUGAAGUGCUGGUAACAUUUAAGCCAAUGAUAAAUGAAACUCUGGAAGGAGAAGUCAUGUUUAUGGCACAGACGGGUCCUUUCUCUGUUCCAUUGAAAUGUACAGUCAAGAGAUGCCUUCUGGCACUGGAUAAAGAGCUCAUUGACUUUGGCAGCCAUGUGGUGGGAGAGACAAUUUCACGGACCAUCAGCCUGACGAACAGCGGAGCUUUGGGGACAAGAUUCAGAGUUCAGACAUCAGCAGGUGACAGCAGAACAAGCAGAGCAACGACAAAAUCUCCUCCUGGAGGAAUGGUGACUCAACAUUUCAGUGACUUUGGCCCUGAGCAGAACGUCAGCGAUAGCUCUGGGACAUCUGUAGCUGAAAAGGGGGAACAAAUCUGUGUGGACCACGGUGAGGAAGUGGCCUCCUGUGCGGCCCCAGUGGAGCAGCAGAGUGAGACCAGGCUGAGCAGCGGAUCCACAGAACAACUUGGUCAAGAAGUAUCAGAUUCUGGAUCACAUCUAGGCACAGACGAUGUCUGUAAUUCAGUGGAACUUCCUCCUGAAGAAACACCAGCUGAAAUUAUGCUUGGAAAGGUUACUGAAGGUGAAAUCGGACCCUUCAGCUCAGUCAAACUUCAGGUUCUGUUUGUCCCAGCUGUCCCUGGGGAUGUGCAGGCAGAGUUUGUGAUCAUGUUUGACAACUCAGACUGCAAACCACUGUACUUCAGUGCUGUUGGAGUUUCUAUUGAUGUGCCGGUUUGGGUGCCCAAUCCCAACAUUGAUUUGAAGAUCUGUAUGUAUGACCGACUUUAUCAGGAUUGUGUUGUCAUUCAAAGCAGAGCCAAAACCACGCUGCGUUUGAAGUUUAAAGUAUGCAAAGAAUUGAGGAAACACAUGGAGCUGCUUCCAAAAACGGGUUACAUUCAAGCUCAGUCAUCCUUCAGUGUGCAGCUGAAGUUUCUGCCCAGGCAAUCUCUUCGUGAAGAUGCAAGGAGCUAUUUUAAUGAAGAGACGAGGGUCCUGGAAGUUCCCGUGUCAGUACUGAUUGUGGAUAAGGCUAAAAAAGUUAAUUUUACUGUCCAUGCGAUUGUUACUACUUCUGAUUUGGAAAUCAGUCCAGCACAGAUCAAUUUUGGAUACUGCACCAUCUAUGAAGCUGUGCAGGCAAAUGUCGUGCUAACAAACAAAUCCAUCUUGCCACAAGAGUUUGGAUUUGUGGGGCUUCCAGAGUUUGUUGAAGUUCAACCCAAUGACGGACUUGGAAUUCUUCUUCCUCUCGAAAGCCUGACUUUGGACAUAAUCUUUAAAGCUAACAAGGCGAAAGAGUACAGCUUUGAGCUAACCUGCAAGUCAGAGAUUAAUAGACAAUUCAAGCUGUCAUGCAAAGCAGUUGGAGUCCACCCACCUCUUGAAUUGUCACAUUCCUUAGUUCGGUUUGCUGCAACGGCUUUAAAUGGUACGUCUACAGCAGCACUGUAUGUGCUGAAUUCCCACGUGAGCGUCAACCCCUUUACUCACGCCGUCCCAAGGAUUGGCACCGGGGAAGGUGCCCCUGUUGGACCCACGUCGUUUGAAUUCUGUGUGCCAGAAGGCUGUCCAGUGGCAAUUACACCUUCUGUUGGAACUGUGUUGCCUGGGAAGAAAAGCUUGAUUCGAGUGUCCUUCAGACCAACAUUGUCAGAUCAGCUAAUCAGAGAAGAGGCAGCUCGGAGGCUUUGCAGAGCAGCUGCGACAGGGGCAGAAAGACAAUCAAAGAAGAAAGAUGGAAAGAGAGAGGAGAAGAAAUCGAGCAUUUCCAGACAGCAGUCUUUCAGAGAGCUUGGAAAGGAUGAAGGCAGUGAACACCUGACUUCUCAAAAUAGUUCUGAACAACCAAAAUCCAAAGAUGUAAAGCCUGGUUCUGAUGCUUAUAUGGCAGCCCAGGCUUUCCUGAUGAGGAAUUUCAGUGGGAAGUUUGAAAAAUACAUGGUACCAUGCUUUGUUGCAAGUGGACCUAUCGAUGAAAAGACAGGCUCUGAAAACCUAAGCUGCAGCCCUUACAACACCUUGUAUUUGGAGUUGCACUGUCCAGCUGUAGCACCAUCAGUUGUGGUCACUUCAGAUAAUGGAAAAAACAGAGUGGAUUUUGGUGAUGUUGCAGUAGGCCACAGAGUGAUGAAGCGAAUUACAAUACAAAAUAUAUCCCUGGAGAAGCUGGAACUGGGAUUCUCAGUUCUGAAUCCUCAUGGCCCCUUCCUGUUGGGCAGAGCAGCUGGAAUGCUUGAGCCAGGAGAAAAUAAACCCCUCGUCAUCUCUUUUUGUCCAAAUGAGAAUAAAAUGUAUUUUGAAAUGCUGGACAUCCAGACAGCAAAAACCAACCUCACCCUAAACAUCACUGGUCAUGGGGUGAUACCAUCAACUGUGUGCUCUGUGGGAGAAGUACUCGAUAUGGGCUAUGUCGUAGCCAGGGAGAAGGUGACUUCCACAUUCAAGAUACAGAACACUUCCACACUGACCCUGCAAUACUCUAUACAACUGGAGUCGCUUUCAGCAACAAGAGACAGAGAUCAGCAGCGACUUCCGUCCUUCAUCACGUCCCCUUUGCAGAGAACAGAGAUUGUUGGAACACAGAACUACAGUGGCCUAAGUGUGUUCAGCGUCUUUCCGACAGAAGGAGAAAUUGUUGCUGGGAACAGUCAGGAUUUUAGUGUCACUUUCAGUCCUGAUCAUGAAAGUCUGUACUAUUCUGACUGUCUCAAGGUUGUGCUCUUUGGCAAGAAAAUAGCCCACGUGAUCCACCUAAAGGGUGCAGCGAGAGAUCACCCAAUGUUUGUGGAAGGGGGAGUUCCUCUAGAUGUGCCCGUUGAGUCCCUGGCUGUAACGUCACCUACACCAUCGCAGAGAGCGCUGGAAGGAGAGCUGCAAGAACCAGUGAAGUCCAUUCUCCUCAUUCUGGAGUACGUCGAGGGAGAGAGUUCCCCGGUGCCAGCAAUGACAGAACUGAAAAUUGGAGCUAUACAAUCAACUCAGUUUGCAUCUAAGAAGAACGUGGAGUUCAGUUUUGACAGCCUGCCACUCCUGCAGCAGAAGGGAUUCACCGUUCAACCUGCGAAGGGAACGAUUGAGCGUGAUGAAGUAAAACACAUCGGUGUUUCUUGGGUGCCACCUGCUGACUUUCACGCUGAUGACCCUCCACUUGUGACAGCCCUCCUGUCCUUAAAAGGUGACAUUAAGGAAUCUUACCAAAUCCUCUUCAUGGCAAAAGUUGUCUCC